CACCAGCUCCCUUGGCCAGGCCAGCCAGGAUGGGACAGGCGACUGAGAGAGCCAGAGCCAGAGAGCUGAUGGUGACCACAGCUGGGACUGUGAGAGGAACAGGACUCUGGACCUGUAGCUGACAAGCAGGUGGUGGGGGCACCAGGCCAUGAUCUGCACCCUCUGACCCCUGACGCUGACCUUCUGCCCUGACCCCUGCCUGGCCAAGUCAUGUCUGGACAAGAGGCUCAAGCCCCAGGGGGCCGGGGACUGCCCCGAGAUGUGCUGGCAGAACAGGUGGAGCUGUGGUGGUCCCAGCAGCCACGGCGCUCAGCACUCUGCUUCACCGUGGCCGUAGGCCUUGUGGCGGGCUGUGGGGCGGGUGGUGUGGCACUGCUGUCCUCCACCAGCAGCCGCUCGGGCGAGUGGCGCCUCGCAGUGGGCACCGUGCUCUGCCUGCUGGCCCUGCUGGUGCUGGCAAAGCAACUGAUGAGCUCGGCUGUGCAGGACAUGAACUGCAUACGCCAGGCCCACCAUGUGGCCCUCCUGCGCAGCGGAGGAGGGGCCGAUGCCCUCAUGGUGCUGCUCAGCGGCCUUGUGCUACUGGUCACUGGCCUGACCCUGGCCGGGCUGGCCACUGCCCCUGUCCCUGCCCAGCCACUGGCUGCCAUGCUGUCUGUGGGCAUCGCACUGGCUGCCUCAGGCUCGCUCUUGCUGCUGGGCUUGCUGCUGUAUCAGGUGGGCGUGAGUGGACACUGCCCCCCCAUCCUUGCAGCCACCCCCUCUAUUCCCAGUGGCCCAAGUGGCAGCGGCGGCAUCUUCAGCAUCUCAGGACAGUUGUCUGCUGGGCGGCGUCAUGAGACCACAUCCAGCAUUGCCAGCCUCAUCUGACAGAGCAGAGCCCUCCUUCCCAUGACCUGCUUCAGCGUCCCCAGACCACACCAGGGCAAGCAUGUGUGUGGAGACUGAGGCUGCGUGAGUGUGGGUAUGUCCCCAGGGCUGUGGCAGCCCUUCUCUGGGAUUGCAUGCUGUGUGAUUAAGAGCCCAUGGGUACCCACACAUCCACACCACGGGAAGUUGAGUGUGUGCCUCCUUGGAACAAGGUGUCUGUGUCCAUGGAACUGCUUGUGUCUGGGGUCUCUGAAGAUUCUUGACCUCUAUUUCCAACCCCCGUCACAUCCAACCCUGUCUUGUAACACUGGUCAGGGAUUUCUGCAGGGGGAUUGUUGACCCGCCCGGAGACGGCACCAGUGACCGUCCAUUGAGGAGAGUAACUGGUGGCAAAGGGGGAAAAACAUGGGCUCUGGAAUGAGACAGACCUAGAUGGGAAUCCCCCCCCGGAGCACUUAGAAGCUGGG